UUCUCAUCAAAACAUUUCAAACGACUCAACAGUCAAAACGUAAAACGCUUCGUUCCGAGAAAAAAAAAAAAGUGAAUUGAUUUAAAAUCGACACCAAAAUGAGUUCUACAGAGUUUAAUAUUGGAUUAGUUGACAAUCGCGCAUCAUCUCGUGUAACUCGUCCACCGGGUGGCGCUUCGUCAAACAUCUUUGCUCCAGCUGAGGAAGUCAAACCUCAUGUUCGUCCAAAGUACGACCAACAAAACAGCUCGAAUCUCAAUUUCUGCAUGAACACAGUUGAUCCAAAUUUGAAAGUUCAACAGCAAUUUGCACCACCAAAUGAAGACAAUGAAGCUUCACCAGCUCCAGAAGUUCAUCAUGAACAACAAGCUUCAGAUGAUGUUGAUCAAAAGAUGAACGGAAAUGUUCAGGCAGAACCAGCACAGCCAUCUGCUGCCUUGCCUACUUAUCAUCAUCAUCGCUCAACCGCUCUUUGGUAAUUUCUUCAUCAUGCAAACCGCACGAGGACCAAAAACGCUUUUUGAUACUCGACCACUUCUCAUUCUUCUACUUUAUCGAUCAAUAAAAGAAAUAUUAAAUCAGUUUAAGUGAAAGUAUCGCAAGAAUAUAAGAAGAGAAACUGCCAGAAACCAACCAACCACAUACAUCCGUUGCUCGAUAGUUCAUCAAUUAAGAACUGUUCUUAUACUAUUUAUAGAAAUGUAAAGUAGUUUCUACAACAGAAGUUAGUUUCGGGCUUCUAACAACUUAUUUAUAACUCCUAAAAUCGUUUCUCUUCCCGCUAAGCGAUCCGCUCAACUUCCCGCCCAAAAUCCCAUUUACCAACUUAUUAUUAUCACAUCUCGUCAAUCUUUUUUUUAUAAGUAUUAAAUUGUGGUGUUAACAUCACGAAUUUCUUUGUCAAUAAUUUCUCCUUACGUUAGUUUCGAACUCGGGAAUUUUGUUUUUUUUUGUUGAUUCUUUUUUAAAAUACUUUUUUACCAAAGACGAAUUGUUUGCUUCCAUUGUAGUAUUUUUUUUUGUAGACAACGGUAAACAUUGAUUUCUUAUUAUUCAUUUGAAACUAUUUUUAUCUUUCUCUCUUUCUCGCUAAUAUGUGAACAUAAAAUAAAUGUCAAGUCUUACAUGACAAUUGCUUAGCCGACCCAAACUUAAACUUAAAAACCUAGAAAAUAAAAUAUUUGUCUGGGAAAUGAAUGAUAAAAAUGCUUAAAAUAUUUGAAGAUUUUUAUAUGUUAUGUCACGCUCAAAUGCACCUACGCAUUCAAUAGUAAUCUCCAUAAAAGUAAACAAAAGGUUUUUUAAAUUCAUUCGAUGAGUUGUUUGUUGAUUGGAAUAUUUAGAUUUUUAUCGUUUGAUAGUAAAUUUAAUUUGGAAACCGAAAGUGAAGAAGAAUUAUUUGUAUUUUCUUCUUUUGUUAAGCAAACAGAGAAUUCUUGUUAAAUAGUAGAUGUGAUCAUCAUUUCUGUUUAUUCAAUUUCUCAUCAAUGAAUUGAUCGUUUCUAGACGUAACGAAUUCUCUGAUGCAAUAAAACCAACACUUCUAUUGAUAGUGACUUCAAUUGAAUAAAUAAUUUGAUGUUCUUCCUCUCGCCCUCAUUUAACAGCAAGCAACACAUUUAACGCAACUUUAUUAAUUCUCUAUAGCCAAUUUAAUCGUUGAAAAUCGUCAGUUUGUUGUUGCUUUAGCUUUCGGUGAGACUAUUUGACUCCACAUAUGGAAGAAAGUUUCUUUUCAGUAGCAUUUUGUAAAAUUGCUUCCAUUUAAUCAAUCCGUGACUGUGCAUUUUUUCUCAAUUUAUUUCGCUAUUAACCAAUAUUUAUUUCUACAUAACUAACUAAAUAACCACCGUUCCUUGUAAAGGUUCAUUAUGAGUUAGUCUAACUCCAAUAACUUACUUAAAGUCUGUAAAACAAAUUUUAAAUGUAAUUUAAUAAUUUGAAGAAUAAUGAAGAAAAACAAGAACAAAACGGAAAUAAAGACAAAAACAUUUUUUUUAUGCUAUUUAAUGUAAAACACCAGAAACGAAACUGUUAUGAAUUUGAUAGACAUCUUGAAAAGGUUUUUCAAAUUUUAUGCUCAACUCCCGCGCCCAUUGUUUUUUUUCAGCGUCCAUAAUGAAUGAAAGUGCUCAUAAUUAAACAUAAAAUAACUGUAAGCAUGAAGAACGUUU